ACUCACAAUCACAAAUGAAGAUAUCCUUGAAAUGGCUGUGUAGGGUAAGGGAAGGUAAUGCCUGUUUUGCAGCCAAAGAUAUUAAGCGAUGAAUCCAAGUCGCAUAGGAAAUUUGUGGUGGAGUCAAAAAUGAAUCUAGGCCUUUUGAUUAUUACUUUAGCCACAAGGCUUCCUUCCUUAUCUUUCAUGUAAUUGUUAAAUGUUCAUGCUAGGAGAUAACAUAACCCUUCAGCAACACUUGUCACAUGAGAUUCUUGGGUGCUGCUGUCUACUCUAUUGUACACACUUUGUGCUCUGUUUAAUAUUAGAAUAGGAUGUUUCAUUUUUCAAAUUCUUUGCUGGACACUGCUCAGAUCUCCAGUUUGGAAGCAUCUGUUAGUUCGGAUUUUGAGAACGAGUCAUCCUCUUGUGUUAGAUAUGAGAAAAAACACAACUGUGUUCUUUUUUCCUUUGCAAAGGCUUGUUUUGUGCUGCAGUCUACUAGCAAAGUCCAUCAGUAGAGUAACACGUUUAAGAGAGAUUUGGGAUAAAACAUCUGAAACACCAAGGAACACCAAGGCAGCAGCGUCUGUCCAAAGAUCCUUAUAACUGCUAAGUCUUGUCCAGCAAGCAACACAAACAGACUAGUCAAGCAGAAUGCAUGCAGUGAAGCGGCUCAGGGAAUAAAUGGAAGCGUGCCAGUUAAACAGUCCCCAUGUUCAGCUUCUAAUCCAAAGCCACAAGUGCCUCCAAAGCCAAAACAUCUACAGAAUUUGUCUUCAUCCAUUACAUACCAAACUCCAAGGCAUAAAGCUUUACCAAGAUCAAAUCCAAGAAUGGAGGAAGUUACAUCUACCUCUGCUUCUUGUGUCUCAAAAGAAAAAUCCAGCAAGGUGUCCGAUCUCAUCAGUCAUUUUGAAGGAGGCAGCCCCUCAAGUCAUAGUGAUUUGAAGAAAGAAUCCUCUGUCCUCAACACUGCUAAAUCUCAAGGAAGAUAUGGGUCAACGCCAUCACCUCAGCCAAAACUCCUUUCCCAACACCCACUACAAAAGCAGGGAAGAAAUAAUAUGAUUCAAACUCAGGUUGUACAGAAACACACAGCCAAUGGAGUAGUAGCACAAAACCAGAUGGAAUGUGAGGACAAUAAGUUACCUGAUCAUAGCACCAAUACAUCAGCUCAAAUUUCAGACCCUUUAGUCAACAGUAGCUUACUAAAUGGGGAAAGAGAAAGCACUACCAUAGACUCAUUGCCAACUACAACUGCCUGUGAAGGACAAAUUCUUAAUAGCUGCUGCAGGACUCCAAGCAGUAGUAUAUUGCUACCAUCUGAAAAAGAAACUGUAGAAACAAAUAUCGAUGUAGAGGAAAAACAGAAUGAUGAACUUGACAAGCAAGACCAGCUUGUAGAAGCAAAGGAAACAGAUGAGCAGAAACUUCACAAAAUUGCCAGUGAGCUUUUGCAUACAGAAAGAGCCUAUGUCAGCCGACUUGAUCUCUUAGACCAGGGGUUUUAUUCCAAACUCCUGGCGGAAGCUAACCGGGGUUCAUUUCCUGCUGAAGUGGUUAAUAAAAUCUUCUCUAACAUUUCAUCAAUCAAUGCCUUCCACAGCAAAUUCUUGCUUCCAGAGCUUGAGAAAAGAAUGCAAGAAUGGAUUAUAACUCCGAGAAUUGGAGAUAUUCUGCAAAAGUUGGCUCCUUUCCUCAAGAUGUAUGGAGAGUACGUGAAGAACUUCGAUAAUGCAAUGGAAUUAGUGAAAACGUGGACUGAACGGUCACCUCUAUUUAAAUCCAUUAUUCAGGACAUUCAGAAGCAAAAAGUCUGUGGCAGUUUGACAUUGCAACAUCACAUGCUAGAACCAGUACAACGUAUACCACGCUAUGAGAUGCUUCUGAAGGACUACCUAAGGAAAUUGCCUCAAGAUUCCCUAGACUGGAAAGAUGCUGAAAAAUCCCUGGAGAUUAUAUCCACAGCAGCAAGUCACUCCAAUAGUGCAAUCCGAAAGAUGGAGAAUCUAAAAAAGCUGUUGGAGAUAUACGAGAUGUUGGGAGAAGAAGAAGAUAUAGUCAACCCCUCGAAUGAGCUUAUCAAAGAAGGACAGAUCCUUAAACUAGCUGCUCGUAAUACAUCAGCCCAAGAGCGAUACUUAUUCUUAUUCAACAACAUGUUGCUGUACUGUGUCCCCAAAUUCAGCUUGGUGGGAUCAAAGUUUUCUGUUCGAACAAGGGUUGGCAUUGAUGGUAUGAAGAUUAUAGAAACUCACAAUGAAGAAUAUCCACACACGUUCCAAGUGUCUGGAAAAGAGCGAACACUGGAGUUGCAAGCCAGUUCUGCACAGGAUAAGGAAGAAUGGAUAAAGGCUCUUCAGAAUACCAUAGAAGCUUUUCAGCAGAGGAACGAAACCUUCAGAAAUGCUAUUGCAAAAGAAUAUGAGGACAUGCCCGCUGAAGUUUCUAAUGCUGAGCUUGGGAAGAGAGCGCCAAGAUGGAUCAGAGACAAUGAAGUAACAAUGUGCAUGAAAUGCAAGGAGCCCUUCAAUGCACUGACAAGGAGAAGGCAUCAUUGUCGAGCGUGUGGCCAUGUGGUUUGCUGGAAAUGUUCGGAUUAUAAAGUUCAUCUUGAAUAUGACAGCAAUAAAUUGAACAAAGUUUGUAAAGACUGCUAUCAUAUUAUAACCGGUUGCACAGACAGCGAAGAAAAGAAGAAGAGAGGCAUCUUGGAGAUUGAAUCAGCUGAGGUCUCUGGAAACAGUGUCAUAUGUAGUUUUCUUCAGUACAUGGAAAAAUCAAAGCCUUGGCAGAAAGCAUGGUGUGUUAUUCCUAAACAUGAAGCUCUUGUGCUGUACAUGUAUGGAGCUCCACAGGAUGUUAAAGCUCUGGCUACGAUUCCUCUACUAGGCUAUACAGUAGAUGACACCCCCAGAAGUGCUGACCUCCCGCAUAGCUUCAAACUGACCCAGUCCAAGUCUGUGCACAGCUUUGCUGCAGACAGUGAGGAACUGAAACAGAAAUGGUUGAAAGUUAUCAAUCUAGCUGUCAAAGCAUUAAGAAUGAAAGAUUAUCUCCUGAUCCCCUGUGCAUUCCAGAUGAGUCUUUAUUGCCCAAUGCACAGAAAAGGCAGGGUAAGUAAAAGACAGAAUAUAAUAAUCUGUACUAACAUACUCCUGUGCAACUUAAUUGAUGUUACUGGCACAGAUUUUGCUCUCUGUGGCACUAGUGUAAAAUCUUGUGCAAACCUCUGACUAGUGGAUUACUCUAGGUUUUAUACCAAAAGGACCAGAAUCUGAUUUCCUAAAGUUGCCCUGGUGCGUGUUGUGCAGAAUUUGUCCCUUAGUAUUCAUUGUGGUUGGGCUGUUCUGUGUGCAGUCCUAUUUGUUGUAGUUUUAGGGAAAUAUCUAAUGUGCAAUUUUUGCUUCAAAUACCUUGGAAGUGUAAAGAAAUUCUUCUACCAUUUGUAGUAAAAAUGAUAGGCCCAUUUAUGUCCAGAUUCAUGCUGGUAUUCAGAAACGGAGCUCCACGUGGAACUCCUCAUCCUGCCCAGAAAGUUUUGAACAAUGGAGUCACUUUCAUAGUAGUAUUAUUAUGGUUCUACAGACAGUACUCUGGCCUGGGAUCAUUCAGGUUAGGGAUGGGGAAACGUGUAGGCUGAACUCUGUCUGGGGCUGUAUUAUAUUUUUCCAUAGCCAUUAGACAUCUCCUUCUAAAAAGGAGUAUCAGAGGUGGCACCUGGUUUUGGAGCCUUGUCAGAGCACCUUGCUUGAAGCACCAUUGCUCAUCUGUAGAAUUCACGCCUAGGGGCCUGAGGGGGGGAGGGGGGAACUCCACCAAGAAUGAGCUGGACCAAAAAUAAUAAGAUAUAGCACUUAUACAGCGCUUUAGGCUUGUUUUUUUUGUUUUAAAGCACUUCCCAAAUAUUAGCACAAACAUCCAUUUGAAGCACUGAAGUGGGCACUGUGAUCCCUGUUAUACAGGUAAGGAAAACUAAGGAGCAGAGGGGUUAGUGUCUGCUUUUCUUUCCAAGGGAUACUAAGCUGCUUGCAGCUCAAUACGUGCAGCUGCUUUAUUUGAACCGAGUCAAGCCUCAAUGGCUUUACUCGCUCAUCUAGGAAAUUGGAAAAAAAAGCCAGAAUGAAAGUGCGGGUGGUCAGAGACUUAAGCCCUUGCUCGCUUUGAAUUGUUACGGUUGUAUAAAUCUGUAGUGUUAAGUUUUUGACCUAAUAAUUUAUUUAACUUUUUUAUAGUAAACAGCUUGUGGAGAUCUAUUCCCUUCUAGUGAGACAGCAUGCAAUAAGUGACUCUGAAUUCCAGGCAUUGUGUAAUGGCUGUGUGCAUCUUGCAGUAAACACAUGUGCCAAAUUACUUAACGUUUUCUUUUUCCUGGUGUCUUGCAAGGACAAAAUACAUAAGUAUAGCAAAAGAAUUGAUCUUUGACAUAUCUACAUCAGCUGAUAUGUUUAAAGUCUAGCCUCUUGACUCUGACAGGAGUACUUGUAUAUUUAAAUGCCCCAAAUCCACAGGAAAAAGCAAGCCUUGAGAAGAGAGAACAUUCUCUUCCCCUUGGAGCAGAAUAUGGAAAAUAUUAGAUGACUGUAAAGUGUGUGCGUGAGAGAGAGAGAAUGUAGCACCUUUGGAACUCAAAGUGCAUUACAAAUCAUUAAGGUUGUUGUAAAAUAAGGAAUUAUUUCUUCCUUUUAUUUAAAUAUGGAAGAGGAGGCACAAACUGUAUGUAUUGUAAAAGGGGUACCAGACAAAGAUUCAAUGGGGAACUUAAGUAGAGUGGAUCAAGUAUUUUUGAAACCUGAUGAGAUGGGGUGGAGGGAGGGAGAGUUGACAUUUUUUCAAAAUCCCUUUUUUUUAACAACCACCUAUAGACCUUGUACAGUAAAUGUCAGAUUUCUAAUUUCCAGGGGAAAAUAAACUAAACAGGGGGAAUUUCAGAAAAAAAUAAUGUUAAUGUGUUUUAUUUGAUCAGCUCUAGUUGUAGAGAUUCCUUCUCAUUGUGGAAAGUUUUAAAAAAAUUAUUCUAUAUAGAAAUAAUUCUCAGCAAUGAGAGAGACCCACUUCCAAGAAAAAGUUCAGAAGAGAUUGUGAGUUUGUUAAUUGGCAUUCCUCUAUUAGAGGUGAUCAAGCUGUGAUGAUUUACACUGCUCCAAUAUUUGUCCUAUAUUAUGUACAGUUCUUUGCAUGAAAACCAGGUUCUUUCAGUCUUUAGGCAUGUUGCUGCUCCUGCCAGUUCUUUGGGGUCAUAGAGCCACAUCUGACUUCAAAUUGAUUUUACUGGGGGUUUAAUAAAGCCCAUAAUCCUUAAUUUGUGAUAAUGAAGUAAUCCUGAAAUGACUGGUUUAAUGUAGGUGAGACUAAGCAGCCAGAAGUCCCUGAGAACAAGUAAGACAAGAAUGGAGAAGGGAAAUAACAAAUGUAUGAGUAAUAUUGCCUACAUUUAAAAAAAAAAAAAAAUUGGUGAAAUGUGUGAGUCCAGGUCUGUAGUUAUUAUGUGUGAUAAGGUAAAAAUGAACUGUAAGAAAAAAAUUCUUGUGGUUUUUAUUUCCAAUUCUUGCCCAUAUUGACAUACAGAAGUUAAUGUAAAUGAUACUGAUCCUUGAGUCUGUAAUGAGACUUAAUCUGCCAGUCAUAUUGCUGCUUCAGUUUUUGCCCUUUCAUAUAACAUGGUCACUUAAUGAAUAUAUACAUAUAGAGAGAGAGAGACCAUUAUAACUAACAGGCAGGACCAAUCUAAUUCAGACGGCAUUUUACACUGUGAUGAAGUAAAAAUACAGGUAAUAUAUAUUGACAAUGUUGGUCAUAUCUUAAGUGUAAAAAUCAACACAAGUGGAUCUACUUGCAUGCCAUGUUUAUGGUUUCUGAUUGAUUUAUAAAAUAAGCUAAAAUCCAGUAACAGAGUCAAUAUGCCUCCUGUACUGCCUCUUCAUUAAACUAUUCCUGAACUUUUAUUCAGGACAUUUCCUUUCUUUUCCUCCUUACCUAGCAAUACUUAAAUGAGUGUAAACUUGCUUUUGUUCUUUAAAAACAUUUAAGCAGGUGAUUUCCAGGUAUAAAAUAAGUAUUCAGUCAAUUUGUAAUAUUAGCCCACUUCAGUUUGUAGUUUUUCCUUCUAGACCCUUGAAAACAUUUUUAAAAAAGGCGGGGGGUAAACUGCAACUAAAGUUUUGUUUUGUAUGCAGAGAUGCCAUAUUUAUGUUAAUGAAGGCAGGCAAGUGUGUCGAAUGUGGAUGGCCACUGUAUUUUACAUACCUCUAUUAUGAGCACUACAGCCAAUACAAGUUAAAAUAUUUACUUUCUUGAGAACUUGAUUGGCCCUAGUAUGUAAUGUCAACUCUACAUGCAUUGCAUUAGGAUCUCCCUUAAUCAUGGAAGCAUUGAUUGCAGUUUGAUUUAGAGGGGGGGGAAAUGUUUUGGUUUGUAUAAAUACUAAUCUUUUGAAGAGGUGUGAAUUGUUCUUGUUUUGCAUUGAAUUGCAGAAUGUUAAAAAGAGGCAAAAUUUAAAGUUGUGCAAAUCUAAGUGGUAAUUUUUCUGGUUAAGAAAUAUAUGAAUGUAAAAUAUUUGCAGAUACUGUAUAUAUUUUCUGUAACAUAUGUAUAUUUGGUCAUAAAGGUGGGAGUUGGAUUAUUGUAAAAUUAAGCACUUUAAUUCCUGUUCAAUACUUAUAAUUUGUAUCCUGUAAAAUAAAAACAUCAUUAAAAAAUACU